AUGGAAACCUUGAUGCAAAAGGUCCUGGAUGUAUACCGAGGAAAUGGAAGCCUCAGCGAUGCAGAACUUUCCACAGUCAGCCAUAUCGUGUGCCCACUACUGCUGUUCUUUAUUUGGAUUAUAUCUAUAGGUAUGAUGGUGUGCUCCUGCUUGUACUUCAACUGCGUAAAGUCGAAAACAACCACUUACGAUUCGAGUAGCUUCGAGCUGCAGGAGGUUCAUGUUUUGGAUCCAUCAUACCAUGUCAAAGACUGUGCCUGCUUGGGCUGCCUACAUCGGCAGCUGGCAAAUGAAAUGAAAAGUGAAAAAUAA